AUGGCAAAGGCUUACCCGGAGUUAUGCGCGUCAACACACGAAUCGGCAAAGAAAACAAAGGAACAAAUGUUACAUGAUACCUUUUUGGGAGCUAUUGACAAUGCAAUGAGUCGAAAGAUAAAGAGCGACAGUAAACAUCGAGAUUUAAAUUUAACACAACUUUCUGAAGAAUUAGAUCGGCUCGAGCUAAUUUAUAAAACAACAGCGCCAAAAGUAAACCUCGAAGUAAACAAUUUCAAAACAACAGGGGAAGCAGAGGAAAUAUCGUUAAUUAGAAAGAUAAUCAGAGAAGAGGUAGCAGCCGCCCUACCCCAAGAAAACGAUGGAAGUCGGGAAACGGAGGACGAAACAAAACGUACGGUCGGGUUCGUUGGAAAGAGAAAUAUCCCGCCAAAACCUAGGAGUGGAAAAACCGGUAAAAAGCAAGCGUGUUUCCACUGCCAGUCGCCUGAACAUUUUCUGAAAGACUGUCCAUUUAAAGAUCUUUGUCAACGCUGCUGGCAAAAGGGCCAUACAGCACCGUCUUGCCAUGCUCCAAGCCCUCGCCCUUCGCCGUCUUUAAACUCCAAGGCGGCUGGGAACAAUCGUCAGCAAAAAUAAAUUCGUUCUCAGCCGCGAAGAAAUUUAUUACACUAACUGGUACAGUGGUUCAGUCUGGAAGCAGAGAGUUCAAACAUGAGUUUGUUUGUGAUUCUGGAGCAGAGGUUUCAGUUAUUCCAACGGCGUUAGCACAAGAACAUUACAUGAAAAUUCAACCAACUACACGUCACGUAGAGAUGGCUAAUGGAACACUCGCAGAAUGCAGAGGUGUGGUUCAAACAUCAGUUACGGUAGGGACAAAUAGUUGUAUAUUGAGUUUUUUUGUGGUAAGUGAUGCUGAAAACGGGAUUCUGGGCCUGGACUCUUUGGAAAAAUUGGGUGUAUCGUGGAACACAAAAAAAAAGUUGGCAACAAUAGAUGGGGCCCAACCCGUGUUACAACUGGAAGUAUAUACCCCUCAGGAAAUGCUAAAGUGUUGCCACAUACAAGUUUCGGAAAGUCGUGAUAUUAAGCCAUUUGAAGAAAUAUUCAUUUGGUAG